AUGAACAUAUGGAUUUGUACUAUUUUGUAUUGUGUACCAAGUAUUAAAACAAUUGAAUAUCAUGAUGAAAUAACAACAGAAAAAUCAAUGACGAAGACUGUAACAGGUUCAAUUAUUAUUAUGAAAUUGACACAAUCAUUUCGUAUAACCACAGCUUUGGCACUAUCAACGACUGGUUCAUUAUUGACGUCAUCAGACAACGAUGUUUCAUUUUCAUAUUUAGAUCUCGCACUUGGUCUUGGUCUUGCUAUUCCACUAUUGCUAUUAUUCACUGGAUUAAUUAUAUGUGGAUGUUGUUGUCAAAAAUAUCAAUUUCUCAGUUGUUGUACUUCGAAAUUUUAUCGAUAUUUUGAAAGUCGUAAGAAAACUACUCAGAAUCAUACGGAAUCAACCGAGAAAUUUACUAAUAAGUCGACCAGUCACAAGGACCUUAGCUUCACAAAUGAUUUGAAAGAUACUGAAGAUCUUAAAUUCACUAAUGAAUUAGACAACAAUCAAGUUGAUAAGGUGGCGAAUGACAAGAAUGAUCUUGAACUCGCAAAUAACUCAGAGAACAAUACAAAUCUUAUAGUCACAAGUGAACCAAAUGACAACAAAAACCUUACAGCUACAAAUGAAUCCAGUGAUAUCAAAAUUCUUUCGACUGCACAUCUAUUAAUUAAAAGUAGCGAUCUUGAGGUCAUAAAUAACUCAAACGAUUUGAAAGAUCUAACAUUCACAAAUAAAUCUAUUGACAGUAGAGAUCUUAAGACCGAAACUGAAACCACAGUCAAUACACAAAUUACAUUGUUGAAUGAAUCAAAUGUGAAUGAAAGUCUUGGAAAUGAAGUACCCCUUUAUUAUCAACAAUAUGUUAAUGAUGGUCAUGAAAGUGAUACUAAUAGUGAAGUGAGCUCACAAAAUGAAGAUGCGCUGGCAAUGCAAACAAUUCUAACGACAUCAAUGUUAUCCACUGAUUAUGAUACUUCUGCAAUGAAUGUUACAAGAACAUCACUUUUCUCAUCUUCUGUUAAUGGCCUUCCAACUAAUGAUGUUCAAUAUUCAAGUGCAUUUUCGUUAAAAAAUACAGGCUUGUCGACACGAGGUUCUAUUCUUUGUCGAGCCUAUUCUGUUAAAAAAGAUCAAAAAUCAAAUCUCGAAUAA